GCUCCAAUUCCUAUGCUCGAUAUAGCACAGCCUACCAUUCCGUUCACAAAUCUACCGCUACUUGAUAGCAGCCUUGCCUUCAUGCCAAGAUUAUCUUUGGUACACUCACAAAAGCGUGGCAGAGCAGCAGCAGAUAUCGACGGCGAACAUUCAUGCUUGCAGAAGAAAAAACGAAGACUUAGAUUGUUCCUGAUCACUUCUCGUCUAUCGCCUCAAUUCUCUCACCCAGCUACCAAUAUUGUCGAUAGGGGGAGUUCUAAGAUUGCUGUUUGGGCGAAGCAGAAGGCUAUGGGGCGCAACCUGCUUCGGAAAGCCGCCAUUUUGAAUCGCAUCCGGCGCGGUGCUGUCGCUGCACGGGACGCAGUCUCACGCAGGCGCCUACUUGUGGAGCAGGAAAAGGAGCAGCGACAACUUGAGAUGGCACGUCUGACCUUCAACUACGGUGCUAUACAUACCUAUACCUUGCCCGUCCACUUGCCGACAGAGCCCAUACCCCCAUCCACCGCAAUCCGCAACGCGAGUCAUUCCCUCAAUCCUGGCUCGCCGUUAAGCUCAUCACCGGGUUCAUUGAACGCCUCCCGGAGCCCUUCUCCCACAUCCUCUUCUCCGCCUUGGCUUGGACCCAGCCACGAAGCUGCAACAGACUACAAGAGCCCCAACGCCGCAUACGCCCUCUCACCACCCAGCAUCCAGUCUUCGACACGCACAUACGAACCGCACCUCCCCUCUCCCCUCGGACUCUCUAACUACGACGCCUUCGACAUUGAAGACCUCGGCGCUAAAGGCAACACCCCCGUCGACCUGUACUCGCAUCUCGACGACGACGAAGACGGAGACGACCAGUUCUCGUUUCCCUGGGACGCCGACGAAGAAGUCCGCCACGACAGCCCCUUCUCCGCAUCCGUGGUGACGAGCGACUCCCGCACCACCGCAGCCACGGGUACGAGUAUGCUCAGAACGCCGCAGCAGCCUGCCUACGACGCCUUCGUCGAGCUCGACAAACUGGACAGCAGUAACGAGGCGGCGGACUCGGCGUGGCCGAGCCCGGUA